AUGCCGGUCAGAUUCAGUGACAUGAGUAACCUGACCUCUCCGAAGACGAUGAUACAGCUGCUGGAGAUGCUGUUCACCUGCACGGCUUUCAGCCUAGUGAGUUUUGCCGGGUUCAGCAGCCGGAGCGGAGCCUUCACCACUUUCGCCAUGUUCACCUGGUGCUUCUCCUUCGUCGCCACCACGCUCGUCUUCCUGGCCGAGUUCACACAAUUCCACAGCCUCCUCACCCUCUCCUGGAAGAACCUGCCCGUCACGGUGGCCGCCUUCGCCGCCCUCAUGAACCUGGCCGCCUCCGUCACCUACCCGCUGAUGGUGCUGAGCGUUAUCCCGGUCCAGGAGGGCUGGAGCGAACUCCCUUCUCCUUACCAGAUCGCGGCCACCCUCGCCUCCUGUCUAGCUUUUUUGGCCUAUUCGGCCGAGCUCCUCGUCCUUCUUCAGAAGGACGAGGAAAGAGCUGCUUAUAUGGCGACCUGGCCCGGACUGCUCAAGGUUCUGGAGGUUUCUGCGACCUGCGUCGUCUUCGUUAUCCUGACGACUGUGAGUAGUCCGGAGUUCGCGGGCUUUCGCUGGGCCGUUGGUGCGCUCUGCGCCUGCGCCCUGCUUUCGCUAGCGGUCAUCUUCAUGAUGGUGGGCGACCUCCGAGCGCAUUGCCCGUUCCCCGCCCUCCAGGUCCUGCUGGUCUUCAGUGCCCUGGCAUUCCUCCUGCAGGGGUCCGUGUUGGUUGUCUGGACCCUGGAGCUCCUCCGCAAAACUCAAGGCCUGGACAAAUGCAUACAGAUGAACUGCCGCUGGAACCAGAUGCUUCUGUCUGCUGCUCUCAUCGCCCUGAAUGUCAUGGCCUACCUGACUGAUCUGAUUUACUCCAUCCAGCUGAGCUGCUGCAGGAGCUGA